AUGCUGAUGUUUGCGACGUCGCCCGCCGCCUACAGCUCCCUGGACCCUCACGACGUCCCCUACCGCAUCAUAUCGCCUCCGAGGGACCAGGGAAAGUGCGCCACCUGCACCGCCUUUGUCGCAGUCACGGCUGCCGAGGCCGCAGCUGCCAGCGUUUUGGGCCAGGAUGUGACGAAGGUUGGCGAGCUGUCGCCGCAGGACCUGUACUACUGCGGCGACGACCGCACCUCCUGCGACACCGGCGCGGGGCUGAAGGCCACGCUGGGGCAGCUCGAGAAGCGGCAGCUGCUGCUGGAGGACUGCCUGCCCUACCAGCAGCCCGACCUGAGGGGGGUCGCGACUCGGCAGCAGCUCUGCGCAAAGUCCUGCGCCGACACCAGCCCCUUGGCGUCCAAGGGGUCGUUCAGCUACGUCCCCAUCACGCAGCUGUGGAAGGCGCAGCAGCACAUCCGACAAUACGAGGCAGUGGUGACGCGUUUUGAUUUGUACAGCGACUUCAAGACCUUCUUUGCGGACUACAAGAACGUCGAGGCCGUCUACCGCCCAUCACCUGGCAGCAAGAUAACUGAGGGCCACGCGAUAACGCUGGUCGGGUACGACAACGUCAACCAGUUUUGGAUAGCGCGCAACUCCUGGGGCCCAGGUUUUGCCCAAGACGGCAACUUUAAGGUGGGUGCGGGCCAUGGCCUGGGCCCAUUGCUCGCGGCUGCUGCCGCCAUCAAUACGACAACUAGCCAGAUAGAUCAAGACCAUGGUGGUUGA